ACACAAGUUCUCAUUUUAUUUUAAUAAAUUCUACUUCCCUCUAAAUUCCCUGAUAAAAUAUACCUACUUCUUAUCAAGAGGGGACCCGAAUUUCGGCAUUAUAUGCCAUUCUCUCUAUUUUUCCCCUUUAUAAUACAGCUAUACCCAUACACUUGAACAAACAUUAUAUACCUACAAAUAAGUCUCGUAGAGAUAGGGUAACGAGAAAAUUGUGUAUAUUUUUUCACCCCAGUUCAAAAAGAACCCGUAUAUUAAGAAGUUCCCCCGAGCCGAAUAAGAGAGACAACGUUGGUCGACGACGACGACCGGGGAUUUUAUUUUUGUGUGGUAUUCCAUCUAUUCAGUGUGCCAUCUCAUCUCAAAUAAUGAUAGGUUGUUAUUGUUUGAUGGAACUUAUAAAAGAUAGUUUUGUUAUUUAAUAAGUUUAUUAAAAACCCUUAAAAAAUAAUGGCAUCUGCAUCUCAACAACGACAACGUACCGAACUAACUAUACAAGAAAAAUUAGAAAUUAUAAAAUCCUUAAAGAAUAAACGACAUUCGUCAGAGGAUCUACAAGACAUUUACAAAGUCAGUAGACACACAAUAAAUCGAAUUCUAUCAAAUGAAGAUCAACUCCGUUGCACAAAGAACUCCAGCAUUCGUCGAGGCAAUAAUAAACUAAUCGAUGAUGCCGUCUCCAAAUGGUAUCACUCAAUGCAACAACAAAAUGUAUUGGUUAAUGGUCCCCUUUUGCGAGCCCAAGCUGUGAGAUUUGCUCGAAUGAUGGGAAAUCAUACAUUCGAGGCAAAUAAUGGUUGGCUAUGGCGAUGGCAACAAAAAGAAAAUGUUAAAUUUAAUACAUCAAGGAGAACGAUUGAAAUAAACAAAGCAGUUAAAGGGGAAUUAGAUAUACUUUCAGCUGGUAAUAAAUCAGUUCAAAGUUCUUACGGUGAUUGUAAGCCGUCUGGAUCUUGGCAACAGAUGGUUGAUCAUUAUGGGGGUGGUGAAAAUGCAUCGGUUCAAAGUUUUGGUGAUUCGAAUGCUUCGGGAACUUGGCAAACAACACAGGGGCAGCAGGAUGAGAAUGGAUUGGAACAUUCUGAAAUAGAUGUCAAACAUGAAUCAAAUGACUCACAACGAAAUCCUUUCGAAGCUGAUGUUGUUUUUGAAGUUGAUAGUGAGGAACAUGAUAAUUGUGACAAUGAAGAUAGCCAAAAUACUAACUAUCACUUGGGUUUGAAUAUGGAUCCAGAUGAAAAAAGGAUUAUUUCGCAGGUAACCACAACGUUUAGAUGCUUUGUAUGUCAUAAAACGGGAGACCUAGUUCCAUUCAAUGAUCAAUCUUUUGAAAGGUGCUUAAAAUCUAUAAAAUUUCGACGUAUGAAAAGAUUAAAAUAUGGCGAAAUUAUAUUAAACCACGAUGCCAGAUUUAAUCUUGGUUAUCACAAGACCUGUUAUGCAAGUGUUAUUCAAAUGAAACAACAUUGGAGACAAGAAUAUGAGAACAUGACGGCAGGGGCAGAGAUAACAAAGCUUGAUAAUGAAGAUGUAGCUUCUAUGGAAUCGCAUGAAGAAAAGAGUAUGCAACAUCAGUCAUUUGAAGUAAAAAACGAACCCAUUCCCAACGGAUAUCGAACAAAUGAUUCUGAAGACGAAUCUGAAAAAUUACAUUUGCCAAAAAAGCGAAAAAUAAGCAAUGACAAAGAAGAACGUGAUAUAUACUCAAUUUAUGGUGAUUAUAUUGCACGAAGAUUACGUGCAAGUGCCAGCGAAAGGGAAAUUUGUGAAAUUUAUACUGCACAGCAUGAUAUUGAUGACAUUAUUUUUAAAUUAUCCAUGGGUUCUUAUGCCCGAAAAUCGGAGAGUAACCAGAAUAAGAAAAUCGAUGAAAAUAAACAAAAUCAAGGACCAAAUUUGAUCACAAGAGAACAAGCUUUUUCAUCAACAGAAAUCUCCAGUAAAAAAACAAAUAGUUUUCCAAAUUCCCGACCAGAAUCUGGUGUAACCAAUUAAACUAUUCCAGCAAUGGUUCAUGACUUAUUUCGUGAUAAAAAAAAUUAAAACAAAAUGAAAAAUUUAAUUAAAAAAUAAUAAUAAUUUGUGUAAAUUAUAUUAACUUAUAGUUUAUAUUCAUAAUUAUUAGAGCAAAAAAAAACAUGUAAACAUUAUAAAUAGCAACCUUUUGCAAUUUGUUUAUCUAUAUUAGACAAAUGAAGAUUAAAUAGACCAAAACUCUAAGUACCUUUAAAUUUAAAUAUUGUGUAGU